CUCAGGCUAUAUCAUGGAUCACACCCAAGUCCACUUCUCGUGCCCUCUUCUUCACUUUAUAAACCAUCACAUGUUCUGUUCUUGCAUGUGACCGCUCCUCUUCUUCUUCUUCCUAUUUCCCUCUUUGCUUCUUUCUCUUCUCCUCUUCCCUUAUUCACUUUCUUUUAAUUAAUCAUUCAAUUGUUUCUUUUCUUUUCUAUCUCAGAUGAUGCCCCCUCUGCAAGAAAAUAACCUUACGAACAAUUGUCCACCUAACCAUAUCGCGCUUAACAAUUGGACAGAAACUGUUCCUGUUUAUGCUGAACCUUCUGUUUCAUCAAUUAAUCUCAACCCAUGUUCGCAGGAACAUCAGCUACCUGAUGAAGAAGAGCAAACCCAAUCAAGAUUCUCGAUUUUACGUGAAUCUUUACGUCCCAUAACACUCAAGUUUGAAGAUGUUGAAUACAGUGUUAAUUUUUCUACAAACGGAAGCAGCUGCUGCUCUCGAAAUGAACCAAAAUCAAAAAGAACCGUACUCAAUGGUGUCAGUGGCAUAGUUCGUCCUGGCGAGCUAUUAGCAAUGCUAGGCCCAUCAGGAAGCGGCAAGACGACCCUUUUAACGGCUCUUUCAGGCCGGCUACCAGUCAAAGUAUCAGGCACGAUAACCUACAAUGGCCUGCCUUACUCUAGCUCUAUGAAGCGCAAUACAGGUUUUGUAGGACAAGACGAUAUCUUAUAUCCGCACUUAACAGUGAUAGAGACUUUAACAUAUGCUGCUCUAUUGAGGCUACCUAAGAAGUUGAGUAAACAAGAGAAAAUAGAGCAAGCUGAGAUGGUAAUCAUGGAGCUUGGACUAAACAGGUGCAGAAAUAGUAUAAUAGGUGGGCCUUUACUCCGAGGUGUAUCGGGUGGGGAACGCAAGCGGGUCAGUAUCGGGCAAGAAUUGUUGGUGAACCCGAGUUUGUUGUUGCUUGAUGAACCCACUUCAGGUCUUGAUUCCACCACCGCUCAACGUAUUGUUGCUACCUUAAAAGGACUUGCACGAGGUGGUAGGACUAUCAUAACCACAAUUCAUCAGCCUUCCAGUAGGCUGUAUAGAAUGUUUGACAAACUGGUGGUGUUGUCGGACGGUUGCCCCAUUUACAGCGGGCUUGCAGAUCCGGUUAUGGAAUAUUUCGGGUCAAUUGGCUAUGUACCCGGGUUCAAUUUCGUCAAUCCUGCUGAUUUUCUGCUUGAUCUUGCUAAUGGUAUAGUUCCUGGCACAAAACAAGAUGAUCAAUUGGAGGUUCAUGGCAGAUUAGACCACCCUGAUGAUCAAAGUUCAAUAAAACAAUCUCUAAUAUCAUCUUAUAAGAAGAACCUGUAUCCUGCAUUGAAAGCUGAAAUCCGUAGAAAUUCUCAGGACCCAGUUCUUCCUUCAUCAACAGGAACUUCAUCACUAAGAAAUUCUGAGAAUCAAUGGGCCACUACCUGGUGGCAGCAAUUCAAGGUGUUGCUGAGAAGGGGUUUGCAAGAAAGGAAGCAUGAAUCGUAUUCAGGCUUAAGGAUUUUCCAAGUGAUGUCAGUUUCCAUUCUUUCAGGGCUUUUAUGGUGGCAUUCUGAUACUUCACACAUACAAGAUCAGGUUGGACUACUGUUCUUCUUCUCCAUCUUCUGGGGCUUUUUCCCUCUGUUCAAUGCUAUAUUUGCUUUUCCUCAAGAGCGGCCAAUACUGAUAAAAGAACGUUCCUCGGGCAUGUACCGCCUGUCCUCCUAUUACUUUGCACGAAUGGCAGGCGAUUUGCCAAUGGAGCUUGUCAUGCCUAUAAUUUUUGUGACUGUCGCGUACUGGAUGGGUGGCCUCAAGCCUUCCCUAAUCACAUUUGUACUAACACUCCUGAUCAUCCUUUUCAAUGUGUUAGUAUCACAGGGACUAGGACUAGCCCUUGGUGCCGUUUUAAUGGAUGUAAAACAAGGGACGACAUUAGCUUCUGUGACUAUGCUUGUGUUUCUACUCGCCGGCGGAUACUACAUUCAGCAUAUUCCAGCAUUCAUAGCUUGGUUGAAAUACAUAUCUUUUAGUCACUACUGUUACAAGCUACUCGUAGGGGUUCAGUACUCAGUGAAUGAGGUUUAUGAGUGUGAGGCGGGUAUGCACUGCAGGGUAAUGGAUUUUCCGGCGAUCCGGUAUUUGGGUCUUGAUAAUAUGUGGUGGGAUGUGGCCGCUCUGCUAAUCAUGCUGGUGGGGUAUAGGUUUUUGGCUUAUGUUGCUCUAAGAAUGGGGCAGCCUCAUUGACCAUGUUAAUGUAAUGAGAAAUAAUUGUUCAAUUAAUUUGAUCGGUUAUAUAUAGGAACUAAGAAAAUUGUUUUUGUUAUUAGGUCAAUGAUCUUGAACUCUUGAUGGAAAAGCUUGACAAAGCAAAACCUUGAAGGGCUCGUAGUUUACAUAAGUGUAAAUGGGAUUCAGGUCACCUGAAUCAUUGUUACAUUUAUUGUGACAAGGCAGUGGAGUAAAUAUGGUUUAUGAGAACUCUUUUAUAUGCUUGUACAGUUUUA